AUGUCAUGGAUGGACUCCUGGUCCCGGCCCAGCAAACACGCCGUAACCCCACCACCCCUCUACCUCACCGUUGGUGAUACAGUCCCCUACUGCCACAGCUGCGGCCGAGUAAUCGGCGAACGCCGCAAGACACAGAGUGCAACAGAAGUCAAGUACUGUUCAGCGCGAUGUCGAAACAGCAAGCCAGGUCCCAUCGACCGCAAGAUCGAAGCUACAUUCGCCGCACUACUCAACGGCGCAUCUCCAGAGUCCUUAAAAGAGAACGCGGGUGCAGAACCAAUUAAGAAUAGUUUGGAGACUGGUCAUGAGCAUGAAGAGGUUAAAGGUGGCAAGGGCGAGAAAAAACAUAAGAAGAAACCAUCCAAGACCAUCAAAGGAGAUCACAGGAUCAUCAUUGAGUGCAGUACUGUGGAAGACAUAGUCUUCCAACGCGAGAAAGACCCAGAGAAAGUCUACGGUCGACGCAAAAACCGUAAAGCGCGAUUCGUCGUUGAGAAGCCCGAGGAUUGGAAGAGCGUAGAUAUGGUCGAUCAACCUGCGUCCACUACUACGCCUGCUACAGCCCCAGGUGCAACAACCGUAUCAACACAACCUCCACCAGAUCCCGUGAGUAGUGACGAGGACGAGGACACAGUCUCAGAUUCCGAUAACGAAGCCGAAGGCGGCGUUGUUCUCGAGCCAACAAAAACUCCGUCCGCAGGAGGGUCCGCAGAAGCUGAUUCACAAGCCCUUCCCGACACCGUAGAAUACGGCUACGGCUCUGGCAAAAUUCGCCCACCUCAAGCCCAAAAUGACGUCAACGGCAGCGUAGGCGGAGAGAAGGGCUGGGCAGAGCGCAUUCACGAGACCGACGAGAUGAAGUUGAAGAGGAGGGAAGGACAGAGGAAGGCUGAGGAGAGGGAAAGAGUAAGGCAAGCUGCGAGACGGGGGUGUGCGUUUGGUUUUACUGUACCUGACGAAGCAGAAAAGAGGAAGUGUGAGGCUGUUAUGAAGGGUGUUGUUGUGGAGAGUAGUUUUGCAAAGGGAGAAUGGGGGGUUAGAUGGAGGGAGAGGGUGUAG